AUGCCAGGACGAGAGCUGAGCCCAGGCAAGCCUGCCAGCAGCCGCGCGCAGCAGCGCGGCCGCGACGCCGUAGACCGCAGCGACGCAGCCCAGUGCACGAUGGGUCUCGCACGGGCGCCCGGGUCCCUCUUCGCGCCCGUCGGUCGCCGCGAGAGGCUCGAACAGACCGCGCCAGUUGCCUGCGGCACUGGAUCACUCCUCACGCGCGCAACGGUGGGCAUCCGCGACGUCUACGGCCGCGCGGACGGCUCGAUCGAGAGCAACGGCCGGGACGUGCUCGCGGCGGGGUCCGCGGACACCGUCCCCGACACGCUGCCGUGCGGGAGGGUUGUCGUUGGGACCGACAUGCCGAUGCUGGCGGGUCGGUAUAAGUUUGUGGCGGAAGUCGGCGCGGGGGGGUCCGCGCAGGUGCUCCUCAUGCACGACACCGCGCGGCCGCCCGGGACGGACGCGUGCGAGGGCCCGAGCGACCAAGAAGGCGCGGCAGCCCGCCAGGACGCCUCCGGGGGGCGCAUGGUCGUCGCAAAGGUCCUGCGGGCACACAUGGCAACUGCAGGCCUCCGCGAAGCGCACGUGAUGCGGUUCCUGGCGCGGAACGACCCGCACGGCGCGACGUGCAUCCCGCGCGUCCUGCAGUGCCUGCGCUGGGGUCCGCACGUGGUGCUGGUCCUCGAGAGAUGCUACGAGUCUCUGCUGGACCUGCUGGCGGCAGCGGACUCCCUCCCGCCGCCGCGGUACCUCCGCAUGGUCCGCAAGAUCACGCUUCAGCUGCUGAUCGGGCUGCAGGUGCGCCGCGGUCGCGCGGGCGGGCGUUGCUGGCGCGCGCACGUGCCGUGA